GAGGGAGAAAAGAAAGUCCUUGCUCACAAAACUUCUCUUGAAUGAAUGAAGAGGACAGAGCCUAGACUUCCCUUUAAAGGAGGCCCUAACCUGAAGACACCCCAGGACUCCUCUGUUGAGUGUGGGACUGCCAGGCAGACUUUCAAGGUCUCCAGCCACUUGACCUCUUUGGAUGGAGAGGCCCCUCUAAGACCAAUAAAUUUCGAGCUUUACGAACUGAACCAGAAACCAAAGAAGCUUCUUUCCACCUCCUUGUCCAGCAAAUGGAGCCUCGGAAAAGGAAACCUCGGGGAGGAGAAUGGAUCAGCGUUUGAAGGAACCCCAGACAGGAUGUACUUGACCCCAUGGCACACCUGUUUGCCAGCAGGAACUACAACUCCCAGGAGGGUGCGGGCACUGCACAUGCGCGCCUGACGCCGCUCCGGGAGGGGGCUGCCGCGGAGCUGAUUGGCCAACCGGCGGCCAAAUCUAGAUCCCUGAUUGGCAGAGAAUCUGCGGCGACAGCUUCCGGAAAAGGGAAGAGCCACCAACAUGGCGUCGGGGGGCGGCGCGGGGCUGCAGCAGCAGUCGCAGGAGAUGAUGGAGGUUGACAGAAGGGUCGAGUCUGAAGAGUCAGGAGAUGAAGAAGGAAAGAAACAUGGAGUAAAUCUGGUCACAGACCUCAGUCAGCAAAGUCUGAAAGAUGCUCAAAACCUAGAAGGGGAAGAACUCGAGCUCCCUGUGGAUAUGGAAACCGUUCACUUGGAUGAAGAUGCCGAGGACGUUGAUCUAAAUCAUUAUCGAAUUGGGAAAAUUGAAGGGUUCGAAGUCCUGAAGAAAGUGAAGUCCCUCUGUCUCCGUCAGAACCUAAUUAAGUGUAUUGAGAACUUGGAAGAGUUACAGAGCCUUCGAGAGCUGGACCUCUACGACAACCAGAUCAAAAGGAUUGAGAACCUGGAGGCAUUGACAGAGCUUGAGACUUUAGAUAUUUCUUUUAAUCUUCUGCGCAACAUUGAAGGGAUAGAUCAGCUCACCCAUCUGAAGAAGCUCUUCCUGGUAAACAAUAAAAUCAGCAAAAUCGAAAACAUCAGUAAUCUCCAGCAGCUAAAGAUGCUAGAACUUGGAUCUAACCGAAUCCGGGCCAUUGAAAACAUCGACAACUUGACCAACCUUGACAGUUUGUUCUUGGGGAAGAAUAAGAUCACCAAGCUCCAGAACCUGGAUGCCCUCAGCAAUCUGACUGUGCUCAGCAUGCAGAGCAACCGGAUAACCAAAAUUGAAGGCCUCCAGAACCUGGUGAACCUUCGAGAACUGUACCUCAGUCACAAUGGCAUCGAGGUCAUUGAGGGCCUGGAAAACAAUAACAAACUCACAAUGCUGGACAUUGCAUCAAAUAGAAUCAAAAAGAUCGAAAACGUCAGCCACCUCACAGAACUCCAAGAAUUCUGGAUGAAUGACAAUCUCAUUGAGAGCUGGAGUGACUUGGAUGAAUUAAAGGGGGCCAAGCUUCUCGAAACAGUUUACUUGGAGCGGAACCCUCUGCAGAAAGACCCCCAGUAUCGACGGAAAAUCAUGCUUGCCCUCCCCACCAUCCGGCAAAUCGAUGCCACAUUCGUGCGGUUCUAAAUCUCCUUCCCCUCCUCAAGGCAGUGCCCCUGCCACGGGUUUUUAAUCCACCUCUUGCUCCAGAAAUCUCCAAUUUACCGCCAUCUACAAAUCAAAUGGCCACUAGAAAACCACUGACUGAUCACAUAAUGUGUAUGACGAGCCCUCUUACUGGUUUUGAGAUGUUAUUAUUAUUAAAUCUUGCAACACCA